CCCAUUACUUUCCUGCAGAGACCUAUACUUGAGCUGAGACUCCUUGAUGCUGACGCUGAUGUCACUCAGCUAGUUGCAGACACCUCAGACAUCAACACACCGAAAGAGGGUAGUGAGUUUAUUGGAGAUGGCGUUUGUGAAGAGCGGAUGGCUGCACAGACAAAGCACCUUCUUGCGCCGCUGGAAGAGGAACUGGUUUGACCUCUGGUCAGAUGGACGUCUGGUCUUCUACGAUGACCAGCAGCGGCGGGACAUGGAGGACGAAAUCCACAUGAAGGUGGACUGCAUUAACAUCCGCAACGCCAGCGCGUGUAGAGAUCUCAUGCCGCCUGAAGGCAAGAGCAAAGACUCCCUCCUGCAGAUCGUCUGCCGGGACGGUCGGGUCAUCAGCAUCUGCGCAGACAGUUCAGACGAUGCUUUGGCUUGGAGCAUGUCUCUCCAGGAUGCUAGACUCAACACUAUUGCGCAGCAUCCUCAGGUUGGUUUUGCCGAGGACAUCGUGGCAUCAGCUCCUCCACCCUAUUCUGAGUUAAACCCAACUCCACAGGUUUUCUAUCCUGAUGGAUAUGGCGGUUAUGUUCCUCAUCCUCCUCCUUAUGCCACACAGAUGGUCUACUCAGCAGAUGGGCAGCAGUAUGCAGUAGCCCACCCGUAUCUUUAUCAAGGGGGAUACGCACCUGGCGUCAACCAUGUCAUAGUGCAGGAGCGCCGGCGUGAGGACUCCGGUGACGUUGCUCUGGGGAUGCUGGCUGGUGCAGCGACGGGAUUGGCCCUCGGCUCCCUGUUUUCCGUAUUCUAAUGUGUUUUUGUGAACCCAGCCCAACCCCACCUGACCUACAGUGCAGAAAACCCUUCCAGUGUUGCUUUAACUUUCCCUUUACGCCUCGUAAAUCGCAGGUCUGAUAAUGUAGCCGGGCUGGGAUAAUAUUCAUUUACCUUUCUGUAUUUGUCUUUGUACCAAAGUUUAUGUAAUUUGGAUUAGGUACCAACUUUAAAAUUAAUUUUAAAUAAAAUUUAAUCUGUAGCAUAUAAAGAUGUAGACUAAAAAUUUGGCGGCUUGUCUUAAAAUAAUGCUAAUCAGUGAGGUUUAAAGAUCAGCUGCUGUUUAGAAACACAAGGUGUCUGAUUUUGAGUAUAAAAAUGGGUCGUAUUUAUACUAAUGAUGAUACAGGCCUUGAUGAAAUGAAUGUUAGUUUCAUUGGUAGCUGCAAAGCCAAAAAAGUGUUGAAUUAAAUAUGUUUGUGACGGUCUCGUUUAAAAGGAAUAGUUCACUCAAAAAUGAAAAUUCGGUCAUAAUCUUAGUUUAAAAAAAAAAAAAAUCCUGUAACAAGAUGUUCAGGAUACUAUAAAGAUGGAUUUACACCCAGGACAUUAUUUAUUUAAUAUAAUAAUAAAAAGAAAUUACAUAUAAUUUGACAAGAAAACGUGUAAUAAUGCAGAUUAAUACUGUGACUGCAAUUGCAAUUUUAUUCAGGAAUUAUAGAGAGUCCAUCCCUACAAUUUCCGUUCUUUGCCUUUUGUUUAAAAUGAAUAGUUCACUUGAAAAAUGUAAGGUUUAGUAAAUUAUGACAGAAUUUACGUUUUUUGUGCGAAAAAUUCAUUUAAAUCUAGUUUGACAGAAAAACUCGUAAAAUACUGAUGAAACAUGAUCAAUACUCUGAUGGGGAUUUUGAUGUUAUUCAGGAAAGAGUAAAGAGAGCGUUCUUAAAUCUAUUUUCCCCCUUUAUCAAGUUUUUCCUUUCUUUGCCUUUGUAUUUUGUGGCAGCCUUCAUUUAACUCCUUUUAUUGUGUUUAUUUACACUCGGUGUCAUCAAGUGUGUGUUCUUCCCUUUUUUAUGGAGUGACACUUUCUUUGAGCUUUAUUUUCUUUGAAAAAUGUGAUUGAUUUUGUCUCGAUUCCUGUUUGUGUGUGUUUUUCUCUUGACAAAAUCUUUUAAAUGAAGUAGCACAAUUAUUAUUCACAAUGUUUGUGAUGGGAUGCGAUUAGGGAAACUUCAGGGAAAAGUUGGAUCGAUGUGAUCGGUUGGAUUUACAGUUAUACUUUACUGUACUUUGACUUUGGUGAGUUUACAUAACAUGUAUAAUCAUGAGUGUAUAAGAGAUAAUUGUUUAAUGUAUAGAACAUGUAUCAGUGGAUUUCAGGCCAUGGUUUAGUUUAACUCCACUUCCUUGUUUGAGUUAAAUGGAGCAGUGAUUCACAAAACAUUUGUCAUCUAAUGCAUUAUAUAACUAAAGCACUUUUCUUUAUUGCUUUGCUGUUUGAACCUCAAGAAAAUAAUUGACUUGUUAAUACGUACCCACAUAAUUGUUUUUUUGUUCUAAACUAUUAAAAAUAAGAUGUCUUGUGA